AUGCCGACAACUAGAUCCACAUCGCAGCGUGUAGAAGACCCUGCAACACAAGAAGAAGCACAAGCUGCACCACCAGUGGCACCACAAGCUGCACCACUAGCUGCACCAGCUGCACCACUAGCUGUACCAGCUGCACCACAAGCUGCAUCACUAGCUUCACAACAAUCUGCAUCCCAAGAUGUCGUCGCUGAACAAAUGUACCACUAUGGGGACGAUGAAGCUUCGGCCACACAAAGAGAGCUUAAGACGUUAAGGCUUCUGCAUUCCAGUAUGCAACGCAAACUCAUUCAGCUACUGGAAGAAGUCACAGCAAAUCCAAUCACGGCAUCUACCCAUAACGUCAAGAGGCAAUAUUUGAACGAUUUAAAAGCCAAGCAGAAUGAAAUAUUUGAAAGGGUAAUUGCCCUAGCUCCUGCUGACAUGGAGCUCGACUUUGCUGAAGACGAAGCAUACUCGAAGAUUUGCAUUCAAUUGGACACAUUGAUUGCACGUGGGACACCGAGUGCCGCAUCUCCUCCGGUGAAUCCAGUGGUAAUAGCACCGUCACACCAUCUUAACAUUCCCAUGCCAACGUUCGAUGGAACGUAUUCCCAGUGGCCUAAAUUCAAAUCAAUGUUUUCGGACAUUGUGCAGCAAUCUGGUGCUUCUGAUGCCGUUAAGCUUCAUCACCUGAACAAGGCGUUGAUUGGCAAUGCAAGUGGCAUUUUAAAUGCAAGCAUCAUCGCUGGUAACAAUUUCGUCAGUGCUUGGCAGAUACUAGAGGACCGUUACGAAAAUCCUCGCGUAAUAGUUGACGGACAUAUUUCGGGCUUGCUUCAAAUGAAACCCCUCUCCAGAGAAUCUGCACGUGGACUGCGUGAUUUAAUGGAGACGUGUAAAACUCAUGUAGACGGACUGUCUUACAUGAAAAAGGAGAUCGACGGUACCAGCGAUUUAAUCAUCACCCACAUCUUGGCGUCAUGUUUCGAUCCAGAAACAAGGAAGCUGUGGGAACGGACAAUGACCAGAGGGCAGUUUCCCGAAUUGAAGUCUACGCUCGAAUUUUUGUGCAGGCAAUGUGAUGUGCUAGACCAGUGUGCUCCAGGCAAAGGCGAGAAAGGCAAGGUGGCUGGUGCUAAAGCUUAUACAUCAUCGGUACAAGCCUGUAAACUUUGUCGUGGCAAUCAUCAUUCCAUUUCCUUGUGUCCUGAUUUUCUCAAGCUCUCCGUACGUGAGAAACAGGCGAAGGCACAAUCACUUCAUUUAUGCUACAAUUGCCUUGGUUCCGGACAUUCAUCUUCCAAGUGCGAAUCGAAGAGAAAAUGUCGCCACUGCAACAGACGUCAUCACACGCUUCUUCAUAUCGAGCUGAACAAUGAUAUGGCAAGGACAGAAAAUGUGCCAUCUACCUCCACGCAGUCGUCCCAAGCCGUUCCAACUACAUCACAGCCGACCGGAAGCCAGUUUUCACCUCAGGUUGCCUUGAGUGUGAAUGGAGAGGCUACCUCCACUGUCCUGUUAUCUACAGUGAUCAUCAACAUCAUGGACGACCAAGGGAUUGAGCAUCAUGCGCGAGCACUACUGGAUAGUGGCUCGCAAUCGAACUUCGUGUCUGGUAGAUUGGCCCAACUACUACGGUUGCCAAGGAAACUUGUCAACAUUCCUCUAUCGGGCAUCGGUGGCAGCUCAAACAUCAACGUCCGACAUGCUGUACGAGCCACAAUUCGAUCCCGCUGCUCCGACGAUACGUUUUUCGUCGAUUUACUGAUUUUGCCCAAACCUACGGCAAAUUUACCAACUCGGCCGGUAAACAUCAGCAACUGGAACAUCCCGGCUGAAUACAUUUUGGCAGAUCCGACGUUUAAUCAGCCUGGAAGUGUGGACAUCAUUCUUGGUGCCGAGAUGUUCUACGAGUUCUUGAAGGAGCGUCGUGUAUCAUUUGGUCAGCAUCGUCCGAUACUUCAAGAGUCGAAAUUCGGCUGGAUCGUGAGUGGAACUGUUCCUGUUGAACUAUCUGCCGAGCCGAUUGUGUGCAUGACAGCAAUCGACGAUCUGAUGAAAAAAUUCUUUGACAUUGAGGAACUGAUUGAUGAGCCUAACUGGAGUUUGGAAGAACGAGCUUGCGAAGAUUUUUAUCGUAAAACAACUACUCGCGACGACAACGGGAAAUACAUCGUCCGACUACCACGGAAACCACAAAUGUCUGGAAAGCUAGGAGACUCCAAAGUGAUUGCUUUGCGGCGGUUUCUGGCUAUUGAACGUCGUCUCCAGAGGGAACCAGAAACUCGAAAGGCAUACAUAGAGUUCAUGGACGAGUAUCAGCGUCGACAGUACUACAACUAA